AUGUGUAUCUUGGGAUUUUUCCGCUUCCGCUCCUGUUCUGUGAACUCCCUCAGAUCCCUCCGGCUGGAAUGCGUGUCGAUCGACGACCAGCUAUUUGUCAAUUUAAUCGCCAGCUCUCACCUCCUCGAAACCCUAGAACUCGAUGCACUUUCAGGGGUGAGGAAAAUCCAGAUUUCCAACAACCUGAAGACACUCAGAAUCGUGACUCCGGUCGGUUCUAAGGAAAUCGAGAUCGCUGCUCCUUUGCUCGAGUCUCUGCAUCUCAAGGGGCUUAAUUGGGGAUCCACGAUCGGGUUAACCGUGGCUCCCCAGCUCAGGUUCCUCGAAUUCGGAGGCAUUGCGGCACAUUUCAGCGCGGUGAUCGCCAAGCUGCCGUCUCUCAUGUCGCUGAUCCUGCAUGGUGGGCCUGACAGGAAGGUGAGGUUCUCGAGCCUGCCGCAGCUCGAGGAAUUCAAGCUGGUCGUUGGGGCGGAGUCGGAGUUGGAGGAGAUCCAGGUUGAUGUUGCUGGUGGAGCUGGUGGUGGUUGUCCCUGCAGUCUGAUGAAGUUUGUGCUAUGCUGUCAGGACCGGUUUCCUGACGGGUUCAGGAAAUGCGAAAUUCGCAACGCUGUGAGUUGUGAGUGGGAAUCCUUUAUUUAA